AUGUGCAAUAAAUACUAUGAUAGCAAUAACAUCUUUGCUCAAAUAUUAAGGGGUGAGUUGCAAGAAGGUUUAUGAGGAUGAGGAUGUCUUGGCAUUUUACGAUAAGUAUCUGAUGCACCAUUUCACAUUUUAGUUGUAACGAAAAGUCAAUAUAUUUCAUAUGAUGAUUUUAUUUUUAAAGCUUCUGCGGAGGAAAUAGUAGGCUUCUUUAAAACUGUAAGAGAG